AUGGCCAAGAAGUGGGAAGACAUAAGGCCUUUAUCUCAGAAGGAACUAGAAGACCUAAUACCAAAAUCUGAUGAUGAACUAGAAGAUUUUUGGAGGCUUUCUAGCGGAUCAGAAACUGAGGAUAACUUGGAAGAAGAUUUCAGUCUUUCUGAAUCAGAAUAUGAGCCCGAAACAUCUGAUAGAGAAAGCACUGACUCUGAUGAAUGUAACUAUAGAAAGCGGAGAAGAAUUAAUAGAGGGUCGAAGCCAACACAGGAACAUUUUCCAGUAGAGUGUGAUCAAGGAGAUGGCCAAGUAGACCAGCUUGCUGCACAAAAUUUGGAAGAUGAACAAAGUGUAUCAAAUGACCAGGAGAUUGCAACACAGAGACCCAAUAUAGAAAACUUCUCUCAAGCAGAAAGAGGGUGA